AUGUCUUCAUAUAAGCCAAUCGACUCAAAAAGAGAAGAAUUCAGACGUUAUUUAGAGCGGGCUGGAGUUAUGGACGCGCUCACUAAAGUUCUCGUUAGUCUUUACGAAGAACCCGAUAAACCGGAAGAUGCUUUAGAAUAUGUACGAAAACAUUUAGGAACUGAUGGCGGUGAUGACGAGUUGGAAGUAGCGCGGGCUCGGAUCGCAGAACUCGAAGCUGAAAAUGCAUUGUUAAAAGGAGAAGCAGCACCAGCAGAAGGAUAA